UUAAAAAAAAAUUUAAAAUCUGAAAAAUAAGAAGAUAUGAUAACCCUAAAAACAAUCUUUAUUUCUUCUCUUCUUCUCUUUUCACUCUCCCUCACGCCCUCCACCACCACCAGCUCUUCUUCUCUUCUCGCCUCACUCACUCACACCAGGCCCCCUUCUCUCUCACGCACGGUCAAGAGAAGAAAGACCCACCCACCCACCACAUCCUCGGAGCACGCCAGCCGCGCAGGGAGCACGCCAGCCACCAACAAGGACCUCCUCCCUUCGCCGCCACAGCGCCACCACCAGCCAGACAAACUGAUAGGUGUGGUGAUCUUUCAGACAACAUCGAACAAGCUUGUAUGUAUGGAUAGUAGUGAGAAAGUAGUUGAUCCAGAUUGUAACGAGAUUCGGACGGAUAGAGAUGAUUUAGCUUUAACAGCAGAAUUAGAGGGUCAAAAUGGUGUUUCUGAGGGAAGGAAAGAAUUUGUUGCACCUGCUAUUGGCAUGGAGUUUGAGUCGUAUGAAGAUGCUUAUAAUUAUUAUAAUUGUUAUGCCAAAGAAGUGGGCUUUCGCGUUAGAGUGAAGAAUUCGUGGUUCAAGCGGAAUAGCAGAGAAAAGUAUGGUGCAGUACUUUGUUGCAGCAGCCAGGGUUUCAAGAGAAUUAAAGAUGUAAAUCGUCUGAGAAAAGAAACGAGAACUGGCUGUCCGGCAAUGAUAAGGAUGCGUUUAGUGGAUUCCAAAAGGUGGAGGGUACUUGAGGUUACUCAUGAACACAACCACUUAUUAGGUAGUAAGGUCUACAAGUCAAUUAAGAAGAUGGGUAGUGGGGUUAAGAGGAAUUGCCAACCGAGUUCUGAUGCAGAUGUAAGAACAAUCAAGUUGUACAAAGCUCUUGUGAUAGAUUCUGGGGGUACUGGAACUUCUAAUUCAAUAGCAAGAGAAACCGGCAUGUUUCCUGAUCAUCCCAAUCAGUUGAACCUUAGAAAAGGCGACACACAGGCUCUUUACAACUAUCUCUGCCGUAUGCAGUUGACUAAUCCAAACUUCUUUUACUUGAUGGAUCUCAAUGAGGAAGGGCGUUUAAGGAAUGUGUUCUGGAUUGAUGCAAGGUCUAGGGCUGCAUGUGGUUAUUUUAGUGAUACUAUUUACUUUGACAACACAUACCUGUCUAACAAAUUUGAGAUUCCACUCGUGGCUUUUGUGGGAAUAAAUCACCACGGCCAAUCAGUGUUGCUAGGUUGUGGCCUGCUAGCAGGUGAGACUACAGAAUCUUAUAUUUGGUUGUUUAAGGCAUGGCUUACUUGUACAUUUGGGCAUUCUCCCCAAACCAUUAUCACUGAUAGGUGUAAAACUUUGUCAAGUGUGAUUGCCGAGUUGUUUCCAGGAUGUCACCACCGAUUUAGUUUAUCACACAUCAUGAAAAAGGUUCCAGAAAAAUUGGGAGGCUUGCGCAAUUAUGAUGCUAUCAGAAAGGCAUUAAUUAAAGCAGUUUAUGAAUCUAUGAAGGUAAUUGAAUUUGAAGCAGCAUGGGGAUUUAUGAUCCAGCGUUUUGGAAUUGGUGAUCAUGAGUGGCUUCGCUCUUUAUAUGAAGACAGAGUUCAAUGGGCUCUGGUUUAUUUGAAGGAUACGUUAUUUGCUGGAAUGGCAGCUGCACGUCCAAGUGAGGCGCUCAAUCCAUUUUUUGAUAAAUAUGUGCACAAACAGACACCCUUGAAAGAAUUUCUUGAUAAGUAUGAAUUGGCUCUGCAAAAAAGACACAAGGAAGAAGCCCUUGCAGAUAUAGAAUCAAGAAGCUCCAAUCCCACAUUGAAAACAAGAUGUUCUUUUGAGUUGCAGCUCUCAAAAGUUUACACAAGAGAAAUUUUUAAGAAGUUUCAAUACGAAGUGGAGGAGAUGUAUUCUUGUUUCAGCACGACACAGUUACAUGUAGAUGGACCAAUUGUAAUAUUCUUAGUCAAAGAGCGUGUUAUGGGCGAGGGAAAUAGAAGAGAGAUAAAGGAUUAUGAAGUUCUGUACAACAGAACAGCAGGUGAGGUUCGCUGCAUUUGCAGUUGCUUCAACUUCUAUGGAUAUCUUUGCCGGCAUUCCCUUUGUGUGCUUAAUUUUAAUGGUGUGGAGGAGAUUCCUUCUAAAUACAUCCUCUCAAGAUGGAAGAAGGAUUAUAAGCGUCUCCAUAUUCUGGAUCAUGGCUCGAAUAGUGUCGAUGUUGCUGAUCGUGUACAAUGGUUUAACCAGAUGUAUAAGAGUGCCUUACAAAUUGUAGAAGAGGGUGUGAUUUCUCUUGACCAUUACAAGGUUGCAUUACAAGCAUUUGAAGACUCGUUGAAAAGGGUUCAUGAUGUAGAUGUGAGACAUGAAUAAUUGGGGUGGUGUGGAAGUUCUUUGUUGCCCACGAAUUCUUGUUCAUAAUCUUAAUUGAGGGGUGGUUUGCUCCAAUUCUCUGUGGAUAAGUUAAGUUCCUUGUGUAAGUAAACUGUGGAAUCUUUAGCUUUUUUCCUAAAAAAAUAAUUUGAUUAGAAAUAGAAGCUUUUGGGGCAAUUUGUAUGGA